CAGUCAGUAGUUUGCAGCUUGCAUCGCGCAUUCUCACAGAGUUUACGACACCAAUCAUCAGAAGAUUUAGUUCGUCAAGUACUCUCGUCCGUCGUUGUCUUCCAUUGUGACUUGUGUUGUCAUCUGGCUUUCGCAACACGUACGGACAGAGUGGUGUGGAGUACUAGUACAAGAAGUGUCACAGUCGUCAAUCGACGUACAGAGUCGCAGGUGCGGUGGCUGCUUGGCAAGCCAUUCUGAAUUUCCUGACAGAACGGACCAGCGGCGGCUAUCUGAACGACGGGCGGAAGUCGAAAUUCAAGCUGCAAAGCCAAAGCCAGCAACGCACUCCUGACUCGAUCAGUUCGCUCAUCAUAGGCGUGCCGUGAAAGGAACUGCCGCUCCUGUGGAAACCCUGCCAUCUGCAGAUUUGGAGAGUGAACGGUCGAGUUCGGAAGAAUCUCUGUGAGCGAAGGGCAGCUCAACAGCGCGCGAGAACUUAGUUCACGGGAGUCGGAUUAUUGUUGGUGCGAAGACAUGGAGGCGAUCAAGUGCGUGGUAGUCGGCGACGGAGCAGUCGGAAAGACGUGCUUGCUCAUCUGCUACACAACCAACUCGUUUCCCGGCGAGUACAUUCCAACAGUGUUCGACAAUUACGCAGCCAACAUGAUCCUUGACGGCAAGCACUACAAUUUAGGACUCUGGGACACAGCCGGACAAGAGGAUUAUGACAAGCUGCGGCCGCUGUCGUACCCUCAGACCAACGUGUUCCUGCUGUGCUUCAGCGUGGACAGUCCUAACAGCUACGAUCACAUCGCAUCCAAGUGGCACCCGGAAGUCGCAAAACACUGUCCGCACGUGCCCAUUGUGCUAGUGGGCACGAAAAUCGAUCUUCGCGACGAUCCCGACACGAUUGCACGCCUCGCGGAGCAGAAGAAAGCGCCAGUCACGUACACGCAGGGCUUUGCACUCGGCAGGCAGAUCAAGGCGCGCAAGUACAUGGAGUGCUCCGCGUUCAAGCAGAUCGGCCUGCAGCAGCUCUUCCAGGAGGUCAUUCGCGUGCACAGUCAUCCCGACCCGGACGCGGCCGCCGAGAAAAAGGGCACUGGAUGUAGGUGUAUUCUCCUCUAGCAGCAAAGCCGUUUCAUUGCAUGGCUGGAAUACCUUUCUCACAGUACUAAUGGUCAAUCCCCAUGCUGGUAACAAUCUAGUAACAUCGAAUGAGUCGGUACGUAGAGAUGGACAGUACCAGCUGCUCGAGUGCCGCCCAGACUAGUGGGAGCGCGAAGCCGCUGGAUGGAACAGCACUCCCAUGCCCGCUUUAUCAGUCUCUGCUGUGCGCUCAUGCAACUGUAGCAAUCUGCCUGCAACGCUGUUCUCGCUGGUGCCUGGACCAGUGCUGUGCUGCUGUGAAGCUAACCGGACAAUGUCGCACAGUUGAUAAGGCUGUGUAUGACGUCUCGCAUCAAUCCGCUGACUUAGGCAAUGUUUUAAAAAAAUGAACCGUACUAUCCUAUAUGAAAAGUCUUUUCAAAUUCUAUUCUGUCUAGUCGGUUACACCGUGUUUACUGUUCUACGUGUAGCAACCAUUCCGUAUAGACCGUAUUGUCAGCGAUGUACCGUUAGAACAUAGUCCAUUUCGCAUUGGUAAUUAUUCUACUGGCAAGAAUCGACAAUGAGUCAACUCAACAGUAAUCGAAUCAAUUCAUUCAACUACAAGUGUAGGUACUGCAUUAUUCCCUCAGAGUUGAGCUUGUUUCUUUCGAUCCUUCUCCAACGGGCGUGUCAUGCCAUGCCUCGUCCUGUUGGUUGCUGCCACAACACUUGUCUCGCUUGAAUCGCUGCUGUUUGCUUUUAUUAGAGUGUGGAUUAGCUAGACAACUAGUACUGUACUUCGAAAUAAUAUCAACGAUUGUCAUGGCUACGAGGUCUCAGAUUCCUUUUCAUGAA